CCGGGCGGGUGGGGCAGCGGCCCUCGCUGCCCAGAUAACUGCGCCCGUUCCGCGGAGAUAAGGCCCCGGGGAGCGGGGGAGGGAUGCUGUCCCGAGCGGAGUUCAUCGCCCCGGGCCGCACAGCUCAUCGGCGGGUGAGGCUGAGACUCCCUGCGGUUACUCCUGCUGCCGCUUGCCUGUGUGGGAUCGUUCUCCGCCCGGGCUCCGCUGCUGUUAUUCGUCUUGCCUUCUGCAAGGGAAGGUUCACCCUCUGCUGUCCGGCUUAGUGAUCUGCUCCUUGCUGUGAGUGUAGACCGAAGUGAUUCUGCCCCUCUAUUCCUCUCUUGGGAGACCUCAUCUGGAAUACUGUGUUCAGUUCUGGAAUCCUCAACGUAAGAAGGAGAUGGAGCUGUUGAAAUGGGUCCAGAGGAGGCUACAGAGAUGAUCGGAGCACUGGAGCACCUUCCAUACGAGGACAGGCUGAGAGAGUUGGGGUUGUUCAACCUGGAGAAGAGAAGGCUCAGAAGAGACCUUAGUGACCUUCCAGUACCUGAACGGGGCCUACAGGAAAGCUGGAGAGGGGCUGUUCAUAAAGGCUUGUGGUGACAGGACGAGGGGGAACGGCUGGCUCGGAUCCAGACUGACAGUGUAGUCGAGAUGCUCCAGAAGCUUUAUCCUGACCACUGCUUCGAGAUCGUGGCCAUGUCAACAACUGGAGACAAGAUCCUGGACACAGCCCUUUCCAAGAUUGGGGAGAAGAGCCUCUUCACCAAAGAGCUGGAAAAUGCGCUUGAAAGAAACGAAGUUGACCUCGUGGUUCACUCCUUGAAGGACCUGCCGACUUCUCUUCCUCCUGGCUUUACCAUUGGUGCUGUCUGCAAAAGGGAAAACCCACUUGAUGCUGUUGUCUUUCAUCCCAAAAACUGUGAUAAAACACUGAGCCUUCUUCCUGAGAAGAGUGUGAUCGGAACCAGCUCACUUCGGAGAGCAGCCCAGCUCAAAAAGAAGUUCCCUCAGCUGGAAUUCAGGGAUAUUAGAGGGAAUUUAAAUACCCGCAUAAAGAAGCUGGAUGAGAAGGAAGAGUUCAGUGCCAUCAUCCUGGCUGCUGCUGGGCUGAAGAGGAUGGGCUGGGAGAAUCGCAUUGGCCAGCUCCUAAGCCCUGAGGAUUGUCUAUAUGCUGUUGGACAGGGUGCCUUAGCAGUGGAAGUUCGUGCCAAAGACCAAGAGAUCCUGAAUAUGGUGUCUGCCCUGCACGAUGCAGACACCGUGUUGUGCUGCAUUGCUGAGAGAGCCUUCAUGAAAACUUUGGAGGGUGGCUGCAGUGUCCCUGUCGCCGUCAGCAGCGUGCUGAAAGAUGGCCAGUUGUAUUUGACAGGAGCGGUCUACAGCUUGGAUGGGUCCGAUAGCCUGAAGGAGACAAUGCAGACCAGUGUUCACUACCCCCAACAGAAUGAAGAUGGACCCAAUGAUGAUGUGCAGCACGUUGGCAUCACAGCCAGGAAUGUCCCCAGCCAGGCCCAGGAUGCUGCAGAGAGCCUGGGUGUCGAGCUGGCCAGUUUACUGCUGAGCAAGGGAGCGAAGCACAUCCUUAGCGUGGCCAGGCAGCUCAACGACGCCCACUGAGCCUGCGGUGCUGUCGGCACACGCUGCAGCUCCAGCUCCAGCCAGCCUUGCUGCUGCACUUAUUGCCCUCCUUGGGAAGGAGGGAUUUACUUAAACGUUCACAACAGCCUUACCUGGGUACAAAAACUUGAAAUACCACGUUGAUGACCCUGUGAGCAGUUUAUGCUGCUUGGGGUUCUCAUCCCUCUGCAUUUCUCUAGCAAAGUG